CCUCCCCGCCCGGGCCCUCCCGCCGCACGGCCCUGGCCCCCUCCCAGCCCGCCGCUCCGGAGAGCCGCCCGCCGAGGAUGCGACGCACUGCAGCCACCCAGCAACCUUCAGUUUUGGGCUGAUGGUUGGUAGAGUGUGGACUUACUGCACAAUUUUGAGUUUAUGUAAGCUUUUGUGAAGAACUCUGAUCUCUUCAGUACAAAAAUCGUUCCCUCCUGACUGCAUUACUACCAAAGAUUCUGGCCUCUGAUUCCAACAGGAAACAUUUAAUUUUAAGAGUAUGAGGUGCAAACCUUUCCAUUGUCCCUGCUUUGGGUCCCUGAUUGGAUUGGACACCCCUGUCUCCUUGAAAUGUGGUGUGGCCUGUGAUUUGCUCCAGCCAAUGAACAGUGUGUUCUAAGAACGGAAGCAUCUGGGCUGGAUGGAAUUUAGCAUCAAGCAGAGUCCCCUUUCUGUUCAGAGUGUUGUAAAGUGCAUAAAGAUGAAGCAGACACCAGAAAUCCUCGGCAGUACCAACGGGAAGACUCCGAGCUGUGAGGUGAAUCGCGAGUGUUCUGUGUUCCUCAGCAAAGCCCAGCUCUCCAGCAGCCUGCAGGAGGGGGUCAUGCAGAAGUUUAACGGCCAUGACGCCCUGCCCUUUAUUCCAGCCGACAAGCUGAAAGAUCUUACUUCCCGGGUGUUUAAUGGAGAACCUGGUGCACAUGAUGCCAAAUUGCGUUUUGAGUCCCCGGAAAUGAAAGGGAUUGGGACACCACCUAACACUACCCCUAUCAAAAAUGGCUCUCCAGAGAUUAAGCUGAAAAUCACCAAAACAUACAUGAAUGGGAAGCCUCUCUUUGAAUCUUCCAUUUGUGGUGACAGUGCUGCUGAUGUAUCUCAGUCAGAAGAAAAUGGACAAAAACCAGAAAACAAGACGAGAAGGAACAGGAAGAGGAGCAUAAAAUAUGACUCCUUGCUGGAGCAGGGCCUUGUUGAAGCAGCUCUGGUGUCUAAGAUCUCAAGUCCUUCAGAUAAAAAGAUUCCAGCUAAGAAAGAGUCUUGUCCAAACACUGGCAGAGACAAAGACCACCUGUUGAAAUACAACGUCGGUGAUUUGGUGUGGUCCAAAGUGUCGGGUUAUCCUUGGUGGCCUUGCAUGGUUUCUGCAGAUCCACUCCUUCACAGCUAUACCAAACUUAAAGGUCAGAAAAAGAGUGCACGCCAGUAUCACGUACAGUUCUUUGGUGACGCCCCAGAAAGAGCUUGGAUAUUUGAGAAGAGCCUUGUAGCUUUUGAAGGAGAAGGACAGUUUGAAAAAUUAUGCCAGGAAAGUGCCAAGCAGGCACCCACGAAAGCUGAGAAAAUUAAGCUAUUGAAACCUAUUUCAGGGAAAUUGAGGGCCCAGUGGGAAAUGGGUAUUGUUCAGGCAGAAGAAGCUGCAAGCAUGUCAGUGGAGGAGCGGAAAGCCAAGUUCACCUUUCUAUAUGUGGGAGACCAGCUUCAUCUCAACCCUCAAGUAGCCAAGGAAGCUGGCAUUGCUGUGGAAUCUUCAGGAGAAAUGGCAGAAUCCUCAGGAGUUAGUGAAGAAGCUGCUGAAAACCCCAAGUCUUCAGCAAUGCCCAAGAGAGAAGAGGGCAUUCCCAUGAAGAGAAGGCGGAGGGCCAAACUGUGUAGCUCUGCGGAGACCCUGGAGAGUGAUCCCGACCUAGUGAAGAGUACUCCUCAAAAGACAGCAGAGGCUGACCCCAGAAGAGGUGUAGGGUCUCCUCCUGGGAGGAAGAAGGCCACAGUCUCCACACCACGAAGCAGGAAGGGAGAUGCAGCAUCCCAGUUUUUAGUCUUCUGUCAAAAACACAGGGAUGAGGUGGUGGCUGAGCACCCAGAUGCUUCAGGUGAGGAGAUUGAAGAGCUGCUCAGGUCACAGUGGAGUCUGCUGAGUGAGAAGCAGAGAGCACGCUACAACACCAAGUUUGCCCUGGUGGCCCCUGUCCAGGCUGAAGAAGACUCUGGUAACAUAAAUGGGAAAAAAAGAAACCACACAAAGAGGACACAGGACCCUACAGAAGAUCUUGAAGCUGAAGACACACCCAGGAAAAGACUCAGGACGGACAAGCACAGUCUUCGGAAGAGAGACACAAUCACUGACAAAACGGCCAGAACAAGCUCUUACAAGGCCAUGGAGGCAGCCUCCUCGCUCAAGAGCCAGGCAGCAACGAAAAAUCUGUCUGAUGCAUGCAAACCACUGAAGAAGCGAAAUCGGGCUUCCACGGCAGCAUCUUCAGCUCUUGGGUUUAGCAAAAGUUCAUCUCCUUCUGCAUCCUUAACUGAGAAUGAGGUCUCGGACAGCCCAGGAGACGAGCCCUCGGAGUCCCCAUACGAAAGUGCAGACGAAACACAAACUGAAGUGUCUGUCUCAUCCAAAAAGUCUGAGCGAGGAGUGACAGCCAAAAAGGAAUACGUGUGCCAGCUGUGUGAGAAGCCAGGCAGCCUCCUGCUGUGUGAAGGACCCUGCUGUGGAGCUUUCCACCUCACCUGUCUUGGGCUUUCCUGGAGGCCAGAAGGGAGGUUCACCUGCAGCGAGUGUGCCUCAGGGAUUCACUCAUGUUUCGUGUGUAAAGAGAACAAGACAGAUGUUAAACGCUGUGUGGUAACUCAGUGUGGAAAAUUUUAUCACGAGGCUUGUGUGAGAAAAUACCCUCUGACUGUAUUUGAGAGCCGAGGUUUCCGCUGCCCUCUCCACAGCUGUGUGAGCUGCCACGCUUCCAACCCUUCAAACCCAAGGCCGUCGAAAGGUAAAAUGAUGCGGUGUGUCCGCUGCCCUGUUGCCUAUCACAGCGGGGAUGCUUGUCUGGCGGCGGGGUGCUCAGUGAUCGCCUCCAACAGCAUCAUCUGCACGGCCCAUUUCACUGCUCGGAAGGGGAAGCGGCACCACGCCCACGUUAAUGUGAGCUGGUGCUUCGUGUGCUCCAAAGGGGGGAGCCUUCUGUGCUGUGAGUCCUGCCCAGCGGCCUUCCACCCUGACUGCCUGAACAUUGAGAUGCCUGACGGCAGCUGGUUCUGCAAUGACUGCAGGGCUGGGAAGAAGCUGCACUUCCAGGAUAUCAUUUGGGUGAAACUGGGGAACUACAGAUGGUGGCCGGCAGAAGUUUGCCAUCCCAAAAAUGUUCCCCCAAAUAUUCAGAAAAUGAAGCACGAGAUUGGAGAAUUCCCUGUGUUUUUCUUUGGGUCUAAAGAUUAUUACUGGACGCAUCAGGCGCGAGUGUUCCCGUACAUGGAAGGGGACCGGGGCAGCCGCUACCAAGGGGUCAGAGGGAUCGGAAGAGUCUUCAAAAACGCACUGCAAGAAGCUGAAGCUCGUUUUCGUGAAAUUAAGCUUCAGAGGGAAGCCCGAGAAACACAGGAGAGCGAGCGCAAGCCCCCACCAUACAAGCACAUCAAGGUGAAUAAGCCUUACGGGAAAGUCCAGAUCUACACAGCGGAUAUUUCUGAAAUCCCCAAGUGUAACUGCAAGCCCACAGAUGAGAAUCCCUGUGGCUUUGACUCGGAGUGUCUGAACAGGAUGCUCAUGUUUGAGUGCCACCCGCAGGUGUGUCCUGCAGGCGAGUUCUGUCAGAACCAGUGCUUCACCAAGCGCCAGUACCCAGAGACCAAGAUAAUCAAGACAGAUGGCAAAGGGUGGGGCCUGGUCGCCAAGAGGGACAUCAGAAAGGGAGAAUUUGUUAACGAGUACGUCGGGGAGGUGAUUGACGAGGAGGAGUGCAUGGCAAGAAUCAAGCAUGCGCACGAGAACGACAUCACCCACUUCUACAUGCUCACUAUAGACAAGGACCGUAUAAUUGACGCUGGCCCCAAAGGAAACUACUCUCGAUUUAUGAAUCACAGCUGCCAGCCCAACUGUGAGACCCUCAAGUGGACAGUGAACGGGGACACUCGUGUGGGCCUGUUUGCCGUCUGUGACAUUCCAGCAGGGACAGAGCUGACUUUUAACUACAACCUCGAUUGUUUGGGCAAUGAAAAAACAGUCUGCCGGUGUGGAGCCUCCAAUUGCAGUGGAUUCCUCGGGGACAGACCAAAGACCUCGACGACCCUUUCUUCAGAGGAAAAAGGCAAAAAGGCCAAGAAGAAAACCAGGCGGCGCCGAGCCAAAGGGGAAGGGAAGAGGCAGUCGGAGGAUGAGUGCUUCCGCUGUGGUGAUGGCGGGCAGCUGGUGCUGUGUGACCGCAAGUUCUGCACCAAGGCCUACCACCUGUCCUGCCUGGGCCUAGGCAAGCGGCCCUUCGGGAAGUGGGAAUGUCCUUGGCAUCAUUGUGACGUGUGUGGCAAACCUUCAACUUCAUUUUGCCACCUCUGCCCCAAUUCGUUCUGUAAGGAGCACCAGGAUGGGACAGCCUUCAGCUGCACCCCGGACGGGCGGUCCUACUGCUGUGAGCAUGACUUGGGGGCAGCAUCGGUCAGAAGCACUAAGACUGAGAAGCCCCCGCCAGAGCCAGGGAAGCCGAAGGGGAAGAGGCGGCGGCGGAGGGGCUGGCGGAGAGUCACAGAGGGCAAAUAGCGCCAGGCAGCAGCUUGGCCAGAUCCAGGGGCGGUGCAGGGCGGCCGGCCCUGCCUGCGGCAGAGGGCGAGCAUGAACUGGCCCAGAGGACCCAGCUCGAGCCUCCAGGACAGACGUACAGGCCUCCUCGGGAGGGAGCGCCUCCCCACCACUGAGCCAUCCUCGGCAGCAUCUGCUGCGUCUGCACUGAUGACCGUCUGAGCCCAGCUCAGCGUUCCUGGACAAACAGCCUCACUCCUCAGCGUUACCGCCACACUUGAAUUUCUCAGAAUGUCAAGGUUCCCUCCCGCUCUCUUUUUUUAGUUUGAAGUUAAUUGGCAUAUGAAAUGUUUUAAUCUCCUCUGAAAUGUGUAGCGUAGGCUUUUCCCGAGGGUCGCUAGGAGCUCGGCUUCGCGUUGCUCUGUGUCUGCUUUCAGCGCCGUUGCCACUCAGGAGAGGCCAGGUGAGGCCCGUGUGAGGACCGACCCUGGAUUCCUUGAAACCGCCAUUGUGACCGUUACUCUGCUCUUUGGAAAUGGCUGUAUCAUUUUUUUUGUACUAAUGUGAAUUAUUCCUCAGAAAUGCUUCUUUUCCAUCCUAGUGAGAAGCUGGCCCUGCAGGUGGUGGCAGCAAUGGUGUUGUCAAAUUUCCUCCCGUCUUCUCCUCACGGAUUUAAGCGAAAUGCCGAUAACACGUCCACUUUCACCGUGUGGUUCACGCGGAGCACUUUCGAGGGCUGGCCAGGCCGGGCCACUUUGCCCCUGGGCCUGUCUUCUGAACUCGCUAGGUUCUUAUCUACAUUUGGGGGAGAAGUUUGUAUAUUUUUUCAUUUGGCUUUUCUUUACCAGUUUCUGAUUUUUAUUCUCAAUAUAUUUUUGCUAAACCUAUUUCACAAAUCA